GACACUGCUUCCGCUAGUGCCAACUUGUAAAAUGGCUGCUCCCGUGCUGGUUGCGGAGUACUUUGUCAGAGAAAUACCACGAAAACAAGGUCCUCCUCUAAGCUUAAAACAGUGCAGCACUGGUGAUGUGGGCUGCGUGGUAUGGGACGCGGCCAUAGUUCUGUCCAAGUACCUGGAAACGGAUCGUAUGCGCCUGGCGUGGUCAGGCAGGACGGUACUGGAGCUGGGUUCGGGUACCGCAGUAGUCGGACUGAUGGCCGCCACGCUGGGUGCAUUUGUGACUGUGACUGACCUGGACGAACUGCAGGAUUUGAUUCAGCUUAACAUAAUGGAGAAUCAGCACCUUGUCACUGGGACCAUCAAAGCAAAGGUACUAAAAUGGGGUGAAGAUGUGAGUGAAUUCUUGCCUCCUCCUGAUUAUGUUUUGAUGGCUGAUUGCAUUUACUAUGAAAAGUCACUACAGCCUCUUAUCAAGACACUGAAAGAACUCUCUGGAGAUAAUACCCACAUCUUCUGCUGCUAUGAGCAAAGGACAAUGGGCAACAACCCUGUUGUAGAAAAGAAAUUCUUUGAGCUCCUGCAAAAAGAGUUUGAAAUUGAGGAGAUUCCACUACAAGAGCAGGAUGAGGAGUAUCAAAGUGAGGAUAUUCAUAUCUACGUUUUCAAAAAAAAAAAAAACCAAGCAGCAACAAUGCAGCCGUGAGUGAGUAGGUGGACGUGUUGUACUAUGUAUCUCAAGACAGAUGGAGAAGACGAACCUCACUGACACUGAGGAACUACUUUGGAAAAGUACACUACUUGCCACUUAUCUGAUUUGAAUCUUGGUACGUAGAUGUGAAAAUUAAACUGCCUAGGAAGUAAGACGUUAUUUAAAGGCUGUUGGGUUUUGAGAGACUCACGUGUGCUUAGUGCUUACAGGCUGAACAGUUGCCUUUGUGCUGUUUGUUUUGACACUUUGUGAGACUUUAUUAAAACCAGGUACACUCAGAUGUAUUAUUAUGUUAGAUGUAUUAUACAACAUGGCCUUCAGAUUUCUGUAAGUAUGUUCUAGCUGUGCUCCCUCACUCACAUCUCCAGAGUUUGGUGUUUAAGUCCCAGCCUGGAAUUGUCAUUGUGAAGUUUUUUUUAUGUAUUCCCCUUAUUCCAAAGACCCGUGUGUCACAGGUGGUGGCAACUUUAAACUGAUCCUAUCUCCAAUAGUGUGGAAGUAUGCAUCGAGUCCUCCCCCUCAGAUGUAUAGGCACCUAGCUGAGGGUUGGCUGCUGUCUUGCACCCAGUGCUUCUGAGGCCCACAGUUGGACAUACCAGGCACAGCAAAUAGCUGGAUGAUUUCUCCUGCUGUGGGCUACCUGGACAUUGAGGUUAAAUCAGAAUUGGACUACCAGAAAAGCAAGCAGUUGUUUUGUUCCAUUUCACUUUGUAAUCACUGCAUGAGUUAGUCAAUGAGUGGAGUCUUGGUUACUUAACUGCUAGUCAGGGUUAGAUGUUUUAUAACCUACAUCACUUGAGUCCAGCUACAAUACAAAAUGUUAGUCUUCAUCACAUAAUAUCUGAGCCUACUGUCUGUUAGAAUGGUUUGACAUAACCUCAGGAACUUACUCAUGUGCAUAGUUUCCACUUGUCCAUUCCUGCCUUAUCCUUGAAAUGACAAGUUCAGUCUUGGUAAGAUGCAGUGGCUUGAGUUUUCAUUGCAGAUAGACUUCUUGGCUGUCAAAAGUAAAUCAAAGUAAAUCGCUUUUGUAUAAAAUUGUGUUGUUGGUGAUGGACCCUAUGAAAAGAACUACAGAUCGCACACUUUUGUUGUUUAAGAUUAAGGUGAAAGACACAUACUAUUGUGGCAAAGGCGCUAUAUAGGUGUCGACCCGACACAGACUGACAGCAGAGGCACGUAUAAAAUGAACCAAAAAGAUUUAUUUUCUUCAGCUGAGGUCCACGUCUUCCCUGUGUCCCUCCGCCCUAACACAGUCCCAAAACACCACCACAAAACACUCUUCUUUCUCCUCCACUCCUCCAAGGCAGCUUCGUCCUCCUCCUCCCAACUCUGGCGCCCGGAGUGGUGACUGUCGGCCCCUUUUAUAGCUAAUCCGGAAGUGCUGCAGGUGCUUGUUGACCUAUUUCCAGCUGCACCUCCGGGUGUGGCUGUCUCGUUAGGCCGUGCAGCUCCCCCUGACGGUGGCCACGGAGCCCAACAGGAAUGAGCUCUAGUGUUCCAAAGUAUUGGCCCCGAUGCAACCCAGGGGAGCUCCCAACAAGUGUUCCGGGGGACGUAGUGUGCAUCCCAUGACUGCUCCCCCAGAUCCAGUGUCAAAGGGGCGUCCCAGCCAUCUGCCACACUAUGUACUUUGAGUCACUAAGGUAAAGAUACUUUAUCUUAGAAAAAGGGACGGCACUAUUAACAGUCAAUUAAAAAGUGCAGACUAGCAUUGCAAGUGUUUUCUAAAUGAUUAGGAGCAGCAGUGAUGGAGUGCUGUAAUGUAUGAUGUGUGAGAUUUGCAACAGCUGUAGAGAGUGAGGGAAAUUCAUAUUCAUUCAAUCAGUUAUGAAUUUAUGUAUUACACAACCCAAAUUGUGAGUAUGCACUUGUUAAAAAUUAAAUUGUACACCAGCUCUCACAAAGUAGGCUGUUUGAAGCACAUUCUGCUGGAGUCAGCGACAUUCUCUUUUAAUCUGUCAGAAGAUGGCACUGCAGUUUGGUUUUUUUUCACCUGUUUGUCAGAUAUGAAUUUGAAACUAAACAUUGACUUCUGUAUUUCUUGUCUUUGCAUAUGCAUGUCAUUUCUCAAAAUAAAGUGUUUUGUUUCUA